AUGGCAUCAAUCAAGCAGUCGGUCAUUCUCGGCCUGGCCACAUUCACCAUAUUCUCAUCCGCAGCCUCCAUCCCCGAGACAGACCCAACCGAGUUCGGCCCCAGCAAGGCAGCCGCACAGCGCAACGCGUUCGACAUCUUCAAUGCGAUCCAGUCGGCCAUGCGACAAUGGGGCUCCUCGCUCAACCACAACGGCAUGUCUCUCUUCGUCGUCACCAUCCCCCCCGGCAACGAGGCGAGAGAUUCCGUCCUACGCCUCUCGCAGACCAGCGGGGGACAGUUCGGCCUCAGCCACACAGUACAGCGGGUAUACUUUCCAUUCUUCCCCAUCGGCACUUCUCUGCCGAAGCCGCCGGUCGAGCGCGAGGGGAGGGUGGUGGAUUGGCAAGGGGUGGUGGACUUGAUUGUGGCGCGGUAUGCAGACCGGUUGAAGUAUAUGGCUGAUAGGGUCGAGUCUCUUGCGUGGAUGCAGGGUGAGGUGAAUGGGUUGCUGAACACGCACAUCGACUACUCCGAGGAGGAUGAUGGAUACCAGGCCGCUCUUGGACGCUGCACUCGAUAUUACACCAGGGUAGUCGUCCCCGACACACAGGAAGAUCAUCUUAUCCUAGCAGCCAUCGAGACUGUCACCCACAACAUCUGCUCAACACUGCUUACGGUCCGAAAGUUGGUCGUUGAGAAUACCCAUGCGGAUGAGGAUUCGAUCAUUACGGCUAAGGAGUCCUUACGAGUGUUGAUGGGCAAGCUGAAGUGGACCACAUGGAAGGAGUGCGCGGGCUGCAAUUUUGAUGAGGUGUGUUUCAUCCCAAUGUGGCCGUUUGGGGACAAGGCGUCAUAUGAGAAGCCGAACUGCCGGAACGCGACGACUCUUGACAAGGGGUGGUGGGAUCCGGCCAGCCGGUACUGGCACCCCAUGCCGAGCAUGAUGCCGCCACCAGAUGAGAGCGAAUAA